AAUCAAAGAACACAACUCGAAAGAAAAUAACACAUACAUAGAGAAAGAGAGAGAGAGAGCAUUAACAAACAUAGUAGAGAAAUAUAAAUAAAUAAAUAAAAGCAGAGCAGGCGCAGGGCAGCAAAAGUCCUGCAACGUAAAUUGUAUCAAGAUAAGCCAACGAAGGAGAUUCUACACCUGUAAUGCUUUAAUGCUAAAAUCGAUACUUGGCGCGGACACGAAUGGUUCUGCGGAAGAUCUGCGAAGCGGAGGCGUUGGCGGCGGCGUUGCCAGCGGCAGUGGCAGUGCAAGUGGAAGCGGGGGAGGCGGUGGAGGCAGCAGCGCAAGUGCAAGUGCAAGUGGAAGUGGCGCACUCAGCCGUAACAGUUGCGGCCAGGGAUCCAAUUCGAUAUCCAGUGGCCUAAGCACUGUCUGUGGCCAAGUCCAAGUGGGAGGCAGCAGCAGUGUUCCCGGUAGUGCGAGCAGCAGUCGCUCAAGUGUCAGUGGUGGUGGCAGCACACCAGCAACUGUCUAUUGUCCCGCCUGCGUAGCAAGCAGUUCUCAACAGCAACAGCAGCAGCAACAACAACAGUUGUCCUCGAGUGCUGGCGAGGCUGUGUUGGUGCAUUGUGACAGCAAGUCGGGCAAACGGAUUAAGCCGCGCAAGAGUGCCUCAUCGGUGGGCUGUUUGGACGCCCAGCAUAUACGCAACAAUCUGAGAAUGUCCACCUCGAGUUCCAUGCGCAGCACACGCGGCAUUGCAGCCGCCGCCGCUGCUGCCGCCGUCGCAGGCACCAGCUCCAAUUCCGGCUCUGGAGGCUCCGCAGCCGGUUCUUCGGCCUCGGGAGCCGCAAGUGGAGCAGCUGGCAGCAGCAGCAGUAGCAACACCUCGGCUUCGGCGAUCAUUCCCUGCGGCAGUGCCUCGAACGGAGGCAGCGGCAGCCUCGCCUACGAUACCAGCAGCAAUGGCAGCUGCAGCAGCGUCAAUGGCAAGGCGGGUUCCCCUGGCAGCUACAGUUGCAAUGCUCUCAAUGUUGACUUCAAUUCGUACACAUCGACGCAUCAGUGGACGCGCAUGCUGGAGUGUGCUGAAUUCGUCGGUGCCAAACGGAGCAAGCACACGGUGGUCGCCUACAAGGAUGCGAUGUUUGUCUUUGGCGGCGACAAUGGCAAGAACAUGCUCAACGAUCUAAUACGCUUCGGGGUGAAGGACAAGUCAUGGGGACGGGCUUGUGCCACAGGAACACCGCCGGCGCCACGUUAUCAUCACUCGGCUGUCGUCUCGGGCAGCUCGAUGUUCAUCUUUGGCGGCUACACCGGCGACAUACACUCCAACUCGAAUUUGACCAACAAAAACGAUUUGUUCGAGUACAAGUUCUUCAGCGCCAUGUGGGUGGAGUGGAAAUUCUCGGGCAGGCAACCGGUGCCACGAUCCGCACAUGGCGCCGCUGUGUACGACAACAAAAUGUGGAUUUAUGCGGGCUACGAUGGCAAUGCACGACUCAACGAUAUGUGGACAUUGAAUUUAACCGGCGAGAAUCAUCAAUGGGAGGAGGUGGAGCAGAAGGGCACACGUCCGCCGACCUGUUGCAAUUUCCCGGUGGCCGUUGCCCGCGAUGCCAUGUAUGUGUUUUCGGGCCAAAGUGGCUUGCAGAUCACCAACUCGCUGUUCGAGUUCCAUUUCAAGACACGCACCUGGCGUCGCAUUUCCAAUGAGCCGGUGCUGCGUGGCGCCACAUCGGCGCCGCCAUCACGUCGCUAUGGCCACACGAUGGUGCAUCAUGAUCGCUUUCUGUAUGUGUUUGGUGGCUCGGCGGAUUCAACGUUGCCCAACGAUUUGCAUUGCUACGAUUUGGACUCGCAAGUGUGGUCCAUCAUCCAGCCGGAGCAGAACUCGGAUGUGCCCUCGGGCCGGGUGUUUCAUGCGUCGGCUGUGAUCAGCGAUGCGAUGUACAUCUUUGGCGGCACCGUGGACAACAGUGUGCGACGUGGCGACACGUAUCGCUUUCAGUUCUCCAGCUACCCGAAGUGCACGCUGCGCGAUGACUUUGGCAAGUUCUUUCAGGAGAAACAGUUCUGCGACAUACAGUUUAUCGUUGGCGUCGAGGAGAUACGCAUCCAGGCGCACAUUGCAUUUGUGGCGGCGCGUUCCAAGUAUUUGCGCAACAAGAUCUUGUCGGCGCGCGAGGCACGGCAACAGCAAAUGGAGAAGGUCUAUGGCGUUGGUCAGGUGGAUGCCCAGGCAUUGAAUACGGGCGUCGGUGGCGAUCGUGUCCCGAUGCUGGAGGUGCGUUUGUCGAAGGCAUCGCCGGAGGCAUUCGAGAUCAUACUGAAUUACAUCUAUACGGAUCGGAUUGACUUGAAGGAUUCGUAUAGCAAGAACAUUAUCAUAUUGAUCACGGACAUCUAUCAGCUGGCUGGAUUGUUCACAAUGCCACGUUUGGCCCAGGGUUGCAUUCAGUAUCUCGAGUAUAAGAUCAACAAGGUGAAUGUGCUCGAGGCGCUCUACAAUGCGGACAAAAGCAACAUUAAGAUCAUCAAGGAUCAUUGCAUGCAGUUCAUCAUUAAGGAGGAGAAUUUCACCGAGGUUGUCAUGUCCAGUGAGUUCAGCGAUCUUGACAAGCCGCUGCUCGUCGAGAUCAUACGCAAACGUUUGCAUCCCAGCAAGCUGGUGAUGGAAACCAGUUUCGAGUCCAACAUCGGCACCACUUUGGAGUUCGAUUUGGCCACGUUUCUGGAGUCAACGGGCAAGGACUUUUGCGAUAUAAGCCUCAUACUGGAGGAUCAUGUGAUACUGGCCCACAAAUCUGUGUUAUCAGCACGUUGUACCUAUUUCCAGGGCAUGUUUCGUUCGUUCAUGCCACCGGAUAAUACCGUUAAUAUACAAAUUGGCGAAAUUUCACCUUCACUGGAGGCCUUUCACUCGUUGCUACGCUAUAUUUAUUAUGGAGAGACUAAGAUGCCGCCACAGGAUGCAUUGUAUCUGUUCCAGGCACCGUGCUUUUAUGGCCUAUCGAACAAUCGCUUGCACGCAUUUUGCAAAUACUCGCUGGAGCAUAACAUAACGUUUGAGAAUGUAUUGCAAACGCUGGAAGCGUCCGAUAUAACGAAAAUCUAUGACAUCAAGGAGUAUGCAUUGAAGUUAAUUGUGAAAGAUUUUGCAAAGGUCGCCCGGUUGCCAAAGAUAGCCGGAUUGUCGCGUGAACUGUUGCUGGAGAUAAUACGCGCUGUGGCCGAUUCGCAAGGCGAGUUUCUGACCCGCAUCAAUAUCAAUACCGAUAUCUGAAAACUAGUGCUGCUACAGCCGGCUUUGCAGUUGUUGCUCGCCUGGUUGCAAAUCGGUCGUAGCACGUAGAGCAGCAGUAGCGGUUGAUAGCGCAAUAUACAUACAUACAUAUUUACCAUAUAUAUAUAUAUAUACUAUACGAUAUACUAUAUAUCGAACUUAAUACCCUCCACUUUCACCUUCAUUAUCAUAAAGCACGCAUCCAAUCCAAAGAUAGAGCGAAAGAAUGAGCGAGCAAACACGAAUUCGAGCGAGAUAGCGAGUAGGAUAAGUUGAUUCAUUAGAUGUGGUAGUCAGUAAGUGGUAAAAUGGUUAGUCAAUAGAUUUGUAUAAUGUCAUGCAUUCUGUAGGACACAAUCUAUACUUGCUUCGACAUGUUCGCGUCCGUCAACUCUUCAACAUAGAUUCUAAUUCGAUUUGAAUCUCAAAAAAAGAAAAAACUAGUUUUUAAUUGAGUUAAAUACUUUACAAAUUACUUUAGAGCAGACAGAGAACGAAGGAAAUUAUGCAGUAGAGAUUAUUUGAUGUGCAACGUGAAAGUAUAUAAACAUAUUAUUUAAUUAUGUUGAACUCAAAACACGUAUGCUUAUUAUAUAUACAUAUAUAUUACACAUGCAUAUAUCCACUCUAUAUAUAGCAUACUAUAUAUAAAUGUAUGUUGAACUAGACGUACAUAUUCUAUCGCACAGAUAUACGGUUAUUUAUCAUUUAUAUUUGAUGUAUGAUGAUGUUCUUUUGGCACUGCAGUUUAACCAAUAACUUAACUAGCUCUAAUUCAUGUCCUAGCUCAAAGCUUACACACACACAAACACACACACACAUUUAUCAUAAAGCGUAAAUGUAAACACGAUAUUCAAACUGUACUCUUAAUUGUUCAUGAUUGUACUGUACUUAUUAACAACAAUCCCCUGUUCGAAACGCAUAUUUACCUAAUUAAAAACACCCGCCAGUUAGAUAAAUGAGCAAUAGAAUACAGACAACAACAACAACAAAAAAACAGUUAACGAUUUACAAAACGUAAAACAGCAAAAAAAAAACGUGAGCAAAUAAUUAUAACAAAAAACAAAAUGAACAAAUUUUAAGUCAAUUGCAACGAUUGAACACUCUUGUUUUUCCAAUUUUAUAAUUAUUACAAAAAAAAAAAAAAAACAAAUAUAUAUAUAUAUAUAUAUAUAGAUUUUACAUAUAUACAUAAAUAUGUUGUUUCUUGCCAGAUAAAGAUGAUAGUUUGAUUUUGAUGACAGAAUUGUGAUAGAAGUUUCUGUUUAAAAUGUAUAGUAAUAGUAUUUUAGUAAUAAUUAUUCUUAUUACUAAUUGAUUUCACUUUACAUUUGAUGCAUCCUCUUUCAAAGCAAUAUUAUUUGUAGAAUUAUUAUUUCACUUUUAUUUUUUUGUAUGCCGUUAUGUCUUCUCUCUUUUGUUUUAAAUCUUAUAUUGUUCACUUAAGAGAAACUACUCAUUAAGAAAUACUAUAUGACAGAUAAUGUUAUUAACUAGAGUUUAACAUGAAAGUUAUUUCGAUGUUAGUUUUGCUGCUCAUAAGUUUAUCAUUGUUAGUUACGAUCGUCUGAUCACCGAAUCAGACCGUCUUUUGAUCCAAUAAAUAUAUAACUACGCAUAAAACUAUCUUCAUCAUUCAGUCACUCCAACAAUCAUUCCCAUAAUAUUGGAAUCGAAUUAAAAAAGCGAAUCUCUUUAAAAAGUAAACUUAUUUGAUAUACUUUUGUUUACAGUAUUCCCGAAAAUGUGCAUAA